CGUUAGCUAGCCCAAAUAGCGAGCAGUACUUAGCUUGCUAGCUUUACAGUAACCACAAGAUCUUUUAGAGGUUUUUGCACAAAAUUUUAGUUACGAUUGGGCAGUCUAAGUCUGGAUAAGAAAUAAUAAUUGUACAAAUAAUUCAAUUAGCAAUCAACUAUUUAACUGGCUAACAACCAAGCAAUGUCACCAUUAGACCAAAUGAAACUCAUUGAGAUCAGCGCACAUGCGUGAACCGACCAGGCAGAUGAGGUUUGAUUUUCGGCUGGGGGUGUGUCAGUGUACAUGCCAGUUCGAGUCAGGUAAACUUGGGAGACGGGACCUGGUAGUGGGUAAACGCGAAGAUCCACUCCCGACGCAAUGCAGCUUGGACUACCUUGCGGGCCUGUGCGAACUGUCGUUCUGACCGUGCUGCUUAGUGUGUUGAUGCUACCACUGCUGAGGAUUGUGGGAUUGAGAGCAUUCUCUAUGGCGUCAGAAACGUACACAUCUGGCACACACUCUGCAGCCUUCGUCACCUGUCCCAACGAGCAGGUGGCCAAAGAUCUGGCCAGAGGGAUUGUGGAGAGGAAGCUGGCAGCCUGUGUCAACAUUGUGCCCAAGAUCACAUCUGUAUAUGAGUGGAAAGGCAAGAUUGAAGAGGACAGUGAAGUACUUUUGAUGAUUAAAACCAGAAGCUCAAAGGUGUCUGCUCUGGCAAAUUAUGUCAGGUCAAAUCAUCCUUAUGAAGUGGCCGAAGUCAUCAGCAUGCCCAUUGACCAGGGAAACCCUCCCUACCUGAAGUGGAUAAGUGAUACUGUGCCAGAAUAAGUGCUCUUUAGCACCCUCCAGUGGACACACUUUUGAACAGCAAGCAUUUACAUCUCUCCAUUACCAACCGCCGUCAAUCUACAAAUUAUCUGUCAAAACAGCUGAACGAUUCUGUGUUUUAAAAAGAAAGUCAGUAUUUUAUUCUUGCUUUGUUCUUGCUUUCUCCAAACAAAGGAAAGUUAUUUGUUUAGAUUUGUAUCUUCUGUUUAUAGCCACAAGUGAGUUCAGAAUGCAUCAAGCACAGGUUAUGAGACUGAAAUAGGUAAUAAAACUGCAAUGAAACAUUCACAUGUUCACUGAA